AUGCCUCACGACUCUGCUCCAUCCAGCUCGGCCUCUCGUAUGACCGCGCUCGCCACCUCGGCCGGCCCAUCUCGCGCGGCGUCGCCUUCGUCGCCUUCUACGCCUGCUGCUCAAGCCGCGCAGCCCGUCAAGCGUCGCAGAUACGCACGUCGCUCGUGCCUCAACUGUCGAUCCAAAAAGGCAAGAUGCGAACUGCCAGACGAACUCGUCGCUUCCUCCCACGAUCCGUUGCCCGUCUACAAGGCCUGCCAUCGAUGCCGCGCGCUCGACAUCGCCUGCGUCGUCUGGGACGGUGACCGCAAGCGCAAACCACGCCUGGGACCCUCGUCCACCUCCUCGUCCACAGCGCAAUCCACAAACCAUUCGCCACUCCUCUCCGUCGGCGCCAAUGAUCCCACCGACCUGCUCUCAAAUCAACACCACGACUCGCGCCGGAGCGACCUCAUCGACUCGCACGAUGCUGCUACCAGGCGCUUGUGUGAUUCAUACGCCGUCCCGCUCUCCAACGGCUCCCCUUCUUCGCACCGUCACGACCGCUCCGGCUCUUGGGCUAGCCUCUCCCGCGACGAUUCGCAUGCCCGACAGCCUUCCGCCUCGCACACUUCGCUUCCAGCGCCAUCCAAAGCUUCGCGCGCGCAUCAACGCACAGCAUCCAGCGCUUCCUCCGUCGACCCCGCAAACACGCGCUACGACGCCGCCCUCUUCUCCGGGUCCAUAGAAGGCGCAAACGGCAUCGUCAUCGAUCGCGAGAUACAGAUCCUCACCAACCGCUUCAUGCACUCGCCCCUCGUCACCCUCAACCGCUUCAUCACAAAGAUCCCCUCCUUCUCCCGCCUCCUCCGUCCAGACACCGAUCGCUCCUUCGACGGAAACCUCUCCGACCUCCUCACCGACGAAAACAUCCUCGAGCUACAGCCCCACAUCCCCAUCCUCCGCAUGUGGCAUCCGCACAUCCCCGACCUAACCCAGCUUCGCGCCGCCUACCGUCAAUCCCACCAAUCCCUCGCCACCUCGCUGCUACUCGCCACCGUCUGCCUCGUCGCUUCCAAGAUCGCUGGCCGCCGUCACCUCGCAAAGCACUUUGCCAUCCACGUAGACCGUCUCGGCGUCCAGGCGCUCGUCGCCGCUCCCAAGCACAUCCACGCCGCACAGGCUUUCGAACUCCUCCUCGCCCACGACCCUUCGCUCAUCGGCGCCAGCUUCGACUCGGCUUCCGUCCCCAGCACCCAAUCGGCCGUAUUUGGCGAGUCGCUCCACUCGAGCGCGCUCUCCAUCGCAGAGGCCAUCGGCCUCGACCUCGUCAUGUCGCAAUCCCACCACCAUCACAACCCCGCCGCCAACAACCAAGCCAACGGCGCAAAUUCGCACACCGACGACUCGUCGCUCCGCUGGCAGCUGCAGCGCUUCUCGCUCUGGUGCAGCCUCUCGCUCUGGCGCGCCACCUUUGUCUUUCUCAACUCCACCAUCCGCGCACAAGACUUUUCGCAACUCAGCCGCGACGCACAACUCGCCAUCACCUUGGUUGAUCAGCUCGAAUCGCCGCGCACGCCCUCGUCGCAGCACGACGACUCGACGACCAACGACGAGACGCUCUUCAAAGCAGGCAUCCUCGCCCUCGCCUACCGCGCCAUCCACGUCGCCGAGUUCAACACGCGCAUGGCGCGCAUCGAGACCUUUUGGCACAGCCGCUCCAUCUUCUCAGCCGCAGACAUCCGCCACGAGGUGCACAGCCGCAUCAAGCAGAACAUCCACGCAGACGAAGAGCUCAAAAAGGCAAAGCGUCGCCGGCUGUGGAGCCUGGCCAAUCUGCCGGAGCUCCGACUGCUCGAUCGCUGGAUCGACCUGCACAUCGAAUCCAACUGGACCAUCAUGCAGCAGCUCUACAUGCGCAGCGUCUUUCCCGACUGCAGUCCCGGCGAUACGCUCUUGGACAUGGCGCGCGUCAUCCUGGACGAUCCGGGCCUGUAUCGGUUCUGUUCGGAUGCGAGCCAGGCGACGUAUCUGCGUGCCGAGGGCGUGCUGGCCGGCGUGGCAGCCUCGCCUCGAUUCGAGGCCCAGCGGCUCGAGCAGACGGGCCUGCCGCUGCUGCUCACGUGCGGCUUUAUCCUCCACAUCACCAUCUCGCUCAUGGAGGCGCUCAACUACGUGCAGUACGGUCUGAACGAGGUGGCGCUGCGCGAAGACAUGUUUGCGCUCAUCCUUGCACGGCUGGCCGAGCGGCUGGUGGCGCCAAAGGAGGCCGAGCACGAGAGUCUCGAGAGGCUCGUUUCGGGUCUGCUGGUGCAGAUGUCGCGUCGGCUGAGCGAUUCCGAGUAUCUGCGCGUGACGCGCAGCGCUGCAUCGGAGUGGCGCCCUGACGCAACGCAGCAGCCGGUGUCGGUGGACGCAUGCAGCGUGGGUAGCCAUGGAGAGGUGGUCCGAAACGAUGGUGCGCGGCCCAAUGCGGUGAAUGGUGGAGUCGCGAGCCUGGCGGCGAUACCGGUGAGCUGGCUGCCGACAUCGCAGGCGGCGCUGCCACAGACGCAGCUGGACCAUUUGGGCUCGGCGGCGGCAUCCACGGACCCGCUCACAGCCAGUGCGGCGUCGUUGCUGGGCACGGCGGAUGCCAUGUCGGCAGAGAACAUGGCGCACAUUAUGGACCAGAUUCUCAACUGGGAUGCCAAACCAAAUGCUGCGGUAGCAGAGCACGGCCACUAUUGA